GAAAUGCAGUUAUCUCAGCGAUUAUGGUAUUGUGCCUGCUUCACUUUUACCUUGGGUCUCUGCAAGCAUGACUUGGUAAACAUGCAUAGAGAUGUAACUAAUGAGAAACCAAUAAAACACUUCAAUGUUGCAAUUAAUAGCGAAGGGAAUAAAAUACAAAAAGAAACAGGUGAUAGCUCCAAAGAUAUCGAUAUUUCUAGCAGUAAAAAGAAAGAUGUUCAAUCUGGAGAUAGUGUUGUUAAAAUAAACAACAAUGCGAUUGAACCAAACCUGAAGCAAAGCACUCGUACUAACAAUCACAUAUGUACCGAACCCAACUGCAGCCACUCUGGUACUAUGGAUAGUUCUGACAGUGGAUCUAUCUCUCCUCGCUGUCGUGGUAUUUGGAAAGUUGGUAGGGGUUUACUGAAAGGAAUUUUUGGAAAACAUUCGAAACCCAAGAAACCCAAGAAACCCAAGAUACCCAAGAAACCCAAGAAACCCAAGAACCCCAAAAACCAAACACCAAAACAAAAGUGUAAAACUCCUGGUUGUAAGCCAGAUCCCUGUAAAACCGGUGGUUGUAAGCCGGAUCCCUGUACAACUCGUAGUUGUAAGCCAGAUCCCUGUAAAACUCCUGGUUGCAAUCCAAAUCCCUGUAAAACCGGUGGUUGUAAGCAAGAUCCCUGUAAAUCUCCUGGUUGCAAUCCAGAUCCCUGUAAAGCCCCUGGUUGUAAGCCGGAUCCCUGUACAACUCGUAGUUGUAAGCCAGAUCCCUGUAAAACUCCUGGUUGCAAUCCAAAUCCCUGUAAAUAUCCCGGUAGUAAGCCAGAUCCCUGUAAAACUCCUGGUUGCAAGCCACAUCCCUGUAAAUCUCCUGAUUGUAAGCGAGAUCCUUGUAAAUCCCCUGGUUGCAAACCAAAGCCCUGUACAAAUCGCAAUUGUUAACCAAACUUCAUGUGCUAGUACUUGUCACUAGACUUAAAAAAAAUCUAGUUUUAUCUACAUACUUUACUGAUAUUAUGAGUACAUAAUAUACAAGAUGUAUACGAAACUACAUAUUUAUGGAUGUAUAUGAUAAUAUUGUGUGACUUGUACAUUAGUCUUAUACACAAUAUUAUUUACAUAUAAGUUAGUAAAGCUAAAUACACUGUAAGUCUUCAUAAGUUUCUAGUUAUAUAGUAAUAAUUCCCAUAGUAAAAAUUUAUUUUAUUAGUAUAGACUUUUAUUUUAAAUGCUUAAUUCUAUUUCAAGUUAAUUAUGCACAAAAAUCACUUUUAAAAUGACAUUUAGUGUAAAAUUAUAUUAAAUCAGGCUUGGAAUUAAAAAUUUGUUAUUGCAAUUAAACACAUUAUAAAAAUUACUGUAACUUUGUGCUACAUUCAUUUGUAAAUUACAAACUAAAUGUUCUUUGUUUUAAGUUUCUUAUUGACGAUGGAAUGUUUGAAAGGGUAACAGGAUUUUGGACAUUUUCCAUUCUUGUAAGUUCUUUUGUAACGCAACGUUUCGAGGACUGGAAUCUAUCCUCUUCGUCAGGUGGGGUAGGUAUCAAUACAUACAAAAAUAACGAACAGUAAGAAGUAAAGAAGAGAAAGAAAAGGGUUCAAACAUAACCAAAAUCUGCUUGGUGUCCAGUCCAGGCGUUGCUACUGCAAAGGAUGCAAGUAACAUUAGUAGCUGUAGCAGUAACACUGUACCCUGUGCUAGUGUGAUGUGUGAUUGUUACCGUUAUACUUGCGAUUUAUUUGUGCUCGGGACUUGCAUACUGUGCAGUGGCAACGCCUGGACUGGAAUCCAAGCAGCUUUUGGGUAUGUUUGAAUCCUUUUCU